CUCUUGCAUCGUUAAAUACUUUUCAUCUCUCCAUCUCCCUUCAUCCACCUCAAAUACCUACAUCGGAGGGAUAUCAUAGUAGCUGCAGAUAAACACCAUUUCCCAGCAACUACACGGUAAAAGUUUCAAAAUAUGGGGCUGGUGUAUCUGUCACCCUGCAGAAUGUUGACUUUCUUCAUUUGUUUUCUGGGUGGUUUACUUAUUCAAGCUCAGCACUAAGCAGAAUUCAUCAGCAUAGAUUGUGGAGCUCCUGCAGAUGUCAGAUAUACUGAAAGGCGCACAGGCAUAGAUUACACUUCAGAUGCAAAUUUGAUAAAUACUGGUGUGAGUAAGUCAGUAGCAUCUGAGUUCAAAGAAAAGUAUCAACAACAGAUGUGGACUGUGAGAAGCUUCCCGGAAGGAAAAAGGAACUGCUACAAAAUAAACAUCACAAGAGACUCUAAGUAUCUUAUCCGGACUAGUUAUUUGUACGGAAAUUAUGAUGGGCUGAAUAAGACACCACAGUUUGAUACUCAUCUCGGGGCUAACUGGUGGCAUACUGUGACUCUGUCCAAUGCAUCCACUCCUCAAGGCAAAGAGAUCAUACAUGUAACGUCACAAGAUUAUGUACAAAUCUGUCUGGUUAACACGGGCUAUGGAACACCAUUUAUAUCUGCCAUAGAAUUUAGAACUUUGCCAAAUAAUAUUUAUGUCACUCAAUUUGGCUCAUUGGAAACUUACUACCGGUGGGAUUUAGGUUCAAACCAAAGCUACAGGUACCAAUAUGAUGAUUUAGAUCGUUUCUGGUAUGACAAAUUUGGUGACAGCAAAGAUUGGUCACAAUUAAGUGUUUCUAUUCCUGCCGAGUCAUUAGGGCAGAAUGAUUACAAACCGCCCGCAAUUGUGAUGAGCACCGCAGUUACACCAGCAAAUGCUAGUGCUCCACUGCUAAUAAGUUGGGAGCCAGAAAAUGAAACUGACCAAUUCUAUGUCUACAUGCACUUCACGGAAUUGUUCACCACGAAUCAGACAAGACGAUUCAACAUCAUGAGGAACGCUGAAUCAUGGUUUUCAGAUUGUUCUCCAGAGUACCGACGUGUGCUUACUAUAUAUACGCAGUCAGCCAUCAGCGGAAAAGCAAUUAACUUUUCACUGGAAAGGACCGAAAGUUCUACCCUGCCUCCCAUCAUUAGUGCCGUUGAAAUUUACAGAGUACAAGAAUUUCAUCAAUCUGAUACACUCCAAGGAGAUGUUGAUGCCAUUACUACCAUAAAGUCAGUUUAUGGAGUGAAAAGAGAUUGGCAAGGUGAUCCAUGCGCGCCUGCAACCUACUUGUGGAAUGGUCUCAACUGUACUUACGGUGACAAUGAGUUACCAAGAAUCACAACUUUGAAUUUAUCGUCAAGUGGAUUAUCAGGAAAGAUUGACCCUUCAAUCUCAAAGCUCACCAUGUUGGAGAAGCUGGACUUAUCGAAUAAUAGCUUAAACGAUGAGGUUCCUGAUUUUUUGGCUGAGUUACAACACUUAAAGAUCUUAAACUUGGAGAAGAAUAACCUCUCCGGUUCAAUUCCGUCGGCACUUGUUGAAAAAUCUAAGAAAGGUUCACUAACCCUAAGUUUGGGUCAAAAUCCAUAUAUCUGUGAACAUGGUCAAUGCAUCGAGAACAGACAUAACAUUGUUAUGCCCUUGGUAGCAUCAAUAUGCGGGGUUUUGAUCCUUCUGGUGGCUGUGGCAGCUGUAUUGUGGAUCCUUAAGAGGAGAAAAUCAAAAGCUUGGAUGGUAGAAAAGGAUCAAAGUGAGAUCUCCCUGCAGUACACAGAACAAGAUGACUCAUUAAAGAAGUUAAAAAAAAAAAAAUAUUCAUACUCUGAUAUCAUUCAAAUCACCAACAAUUUCACUACAAUUGUUGGUAAAGGAGGAUUUGGAACAGUUUAUCUGGGCUAUAUCGAAGACGCUCCAGUUGCUGUCAAAAUGCUUUCCCCUUCAUCAUUUCGUGGUUAUGAGCAAUUUCAAGCAGAGGUUAAACUUCUAAUAAGAGUUCAUCAUAAAAAUCUGACUUCCCUUAUUGGUUACUGUAGUGAAGGAACCAAUAAGAGUCUCAUAUACGAGUAUAUGGCUAAUGGAAACUUAGAGGAACAUCUCUCUGGCAAACACAGUAAAUCAAAACUCUUGAGCUGGGAAGACAGACUGCAUAUAGCAGUGGACGCAGCCUUGGGAUUGGAGUAUCUGCAAAAUGGUUGCAAGCCACCUAUAAUACACAGGGACGUAAAAUCUUCAAACAUCUUGUUGACUGAAAACUUCCAAGCAAAAUUAUCAGAUUUUGGUCUAUCCAAAAUUAUCCCAGCUGAUGGGAGAUCACAUGUGUCAACUGUUAUAGCUGGUACUCCUGGUUAUCUGGACCCUGAUUAUUACACAUCCAAUAGAUUAACAGAGAAAAGUGAUGUUUAUAGCUUCGGAGUGGUUCUUUUGGAAAUAAUCACAGGCCAGCAGGUAAUAGCAAGGAAUGAAGAAAAGAGUCACAUAAUUGAUUGGGUUAGAUCCCUGGUUGCAUUAGGGGAUAUCAGGGCCAUUGUUGACUCAAGGUUUGAAGGAGAUUUUGACAUUAACUCAGCCUGGAAAGCCGUGGAAAUAGCAAUAGCUUGUGUUUCUCUAAGUCCCAACGAAAGGCCAAUUAUGAGUGUGAUAGUGUCUGACCUAAAGGAGACUUUAGCAACCGAAAUAGCUCGAACAAAAUAUAACAGUGGUGCAAAUUCAUUUGAACCGCUCAAUGUGAAUCUGAGCACCCAACUCAUUCCUCAUGCUAGGUAAAUUCAACUUGUUAAGGUGUGUUCGAUGAUGGAAAAUUAUAUGAAUAAGCCAACGCAUACAAUAACUUUUACUCUCUUCGUACCUUCUCCCAGAGAUAUUUGUAUAAAUGCUUCUUCGUUCCCUCACUUGUUGAUUACCAAAUAAUGCAUUUGAAAAAACCAGAGCUAUUACUAGUUUCCUUUUU